AUGAACAACCGACCCUUCUCGUUACAGCCGCGCUCUGCGCCACAACAAGGACCGCAAUCUAUUAACGAGUUCAUACAGCGACUCAAUGCCGAACCAGGCGGAUUCCGCGCCGUUAACUCGGCCGAGCUACGCCGGGAAAUCGAGGCCAGCCAGAAUGGAACCGACGGCGACAACGAUGUCGACAUGACCGGCGACGUCUCCGAGGACGAAAGCGACAGCCCCGAGAUCAAAAGCAUUGCCGUUGCCCGCGAUGAGAUUCUCCGCGCGAUACACCAAACUCAUCAAACGUCCAUGUUUGCCCUCGACUUCAUUUCGCUUCUCCUGUCAAAGGAGAAUCCCGGCUUGGCUGUCACCACUCUCAGCCCUGGCCUGCGAGACCUGGUCGGCAUUGGCACCCUCGGCGCCACGAUGCUCGACGCUCCCACGCCCAUGACCCAGAGCAGGGUGUCUGAUCACAAGAUGGUGGCCAUCGGAAAGCGCCUGAUGGACCUAAACAAGGCUGCGGAUACCGCUUUAGCAACAUCUAAAAGACUCCAGCGGGAGAUUACCUUAGAAACAAAGUACUGGUCCGAGGUCUUAGGCGUGGGCGAUGCUGGAUGGCAGACCUUCCGAUUGCCUCAUGAACCCCAAACUCUGGGGGUCAAGUUCGGGUUCUCCAACACCGGCCCAGAGUUUAAGAAUAGCGGUAUCGCCCCUUUGAGAAGAGCAGAAGACGGAUCUGUCAAACUGGAACAUGGGGCCAUGGAUGGUGGGUCGAAGCGCCUCCAGGUUAAGAUACUCGAGAACGGUGUCGUUGUCGGCAGGUCUUCGUUGCCACAGCCCAUACCUCCUGAUGCUCCGCUCGAGGACCGCGUCAAGGAAUCGCGAGAGACAGUUUUUGCGCAGGAGCUGUGGCACGAGAUAAACCGCGAAGCCCGCGAUCAGCUGGAUGGCCUUGCCACCGUCGCGGAUUCGACGGCUACCUACAACUUGGAUAACACAACGACCAUCGCUCUCCAACUUGUAACUCUCGGUAACGAGGAAGAAGCAACAACACAACGCUCCGCAGCCCAAGACGCUUUUGCGAACGAGUUGUGCACCAUCCUAGGCCUCCUACUUACCAAUGCACACCGAGCCAACGACCUGAAACGGUCCGAACCCAGCGCCAAGAAGGGCUCCAUCCCCCCCUACUUUCUCCUCAGGCCCCUUAUCACCUACCACAAGUACGGCCAAUCCGUCCAGCAAUGCGCCGAAUCCCUCACCGCCCUGAUCUCCGUCCUUCGCUCCGCCGGCGUCGCCUCCUCUAUAACCAUGAAAGAAGCCCCGCUGCGGCCCUUCCUAGACAACACAACCCCGGCGUCAACAUCCCUCGCAACCCUCCUUCUCAAGCCGCCCACGGUGCAGUUCGACCUGACCAUCACGCCGGCCUCGCGCCUGCGCAUCCUGCUCCGCCCGACCUUGCUCUCGGGCGCCGCCUACGCCGUCUCCUUCCUCCCGCCCCUCCAGCAGCAGCAGCCGCCCAACUCGCCCGCCAACCCCCUCCCCGCCGUCUGCCCCACCUCCCCCGAGGACUACACCGACCCGGCCAAGCUCCUCGCCUACCUCUACGCCGCCGUUCCCUGCGCGCUGGCAGCUGCUUAUUACGAGCUCGCCAUCACACAGCAGCAACAACAACAGCAGCAGCAGCAGUCUUCUCCCACUCUGGACGAGCAGGUCCAGAGCCAGGACCAAACCCAGUCCCAAGACGCGGAGGCGCUGUGGGGCAUGCAUCCCCAGGGCAAUGGCAUCGUCGACCUGGCCACGGGCGGGGAUUACGGGGUGCAUUUCGGGCUGGAGCGGGACGCGGCGACGGGGCGGUUGGAGCUCACCGUAGAGGGAGACUAUGUGGAAGUGGAAGUGGAAGGGGGCGGGGGUGGCGGCGGGGUCUUGCCGACUGAGAUUGGUAACGAGAUGGAUAUUAAAAAAGAGGGGAUGGAAGACGGGGGUGUGGGUGAGGGUGUGGGUGGGGGUGAUAAUGAGGGUGAGGGUAAGGGGGAAGGGCGCAAGGGGGAUGAUGGCCCGGAGCGCAGGAAGGUGCAUAUGGAGUGGAGGUGGCCUGGGACUAUGGAUGCUGUUGGCGCGGUGACGAAGCAGGUGUUGAGUAACGGCCCUGGGAAUGAGUGA